CUGGGGCCAUUCGGUGUCGAGUGGCAAACAACAAUUUCCAUUACAUUCGAGUUUGAUCCCUUUCAAAAGGACAUUGCUAGCCAAACUAGCAAUGGGAUCGUUCAAAAUUGUGUUGAUCCUCGGUGCUUCGAUGGCAGUGGCUUAUGCCAUGGAAGCCAUCAACCCCAGUCAAUUGACUGGAGAAAUGGGGGCUAUUGAAGAGGAGACGAGCCUCUUGAGUGGACGGCCUCCAACGGAUAUGGACAUGGAUGAGAAAAAGUACAAAAUAUUCUACCGCAAAAAAUCAAAGGGAUAUAGCAACGAUGGAUAUGGCGGAGGAGGAUACGAUAGCGGUGGAUACGGUGGCGGUGGAUACGGUGGCGGCGGUGGAUAUGGCGGUGGCGGCGGAGGAGGUGGCGGAGGUAGAUCCAGCGAAGAAUCCGGCCGUUAAGGAUUGUGUUAAUCAAAACGAUACCCAAGCGACGAGUGUUCAUCGGAGACGUUUGAAGCUGACAAAUCUAAUAUAUUUUCAUAUAUGGUAAUAUUCCUUGACUAGUGAAUGACGCCGUGCAAGGGAUGUGUACAUCCCUUCUACAAUGACAUGCGAAUCAAAUAAACUAUGCAGCAGAAAUAGAAA